AUGUGGCUGCUGCAGCUGCAUCUACUUGUCCUCCUCCUCGUCGAAAGAGAUGGCUACCUCUUUCUCGCUGGUGGUCCCAGAGAGCGAGGACGGCGCGAUGAUCCACCUGAGGAGGGACUUGUACCACUUGUGCCUGCUGGCACGGAGAACCAGGACUUCGGCAUUGCCGCUGGGCUCAGGAUCGGUGACUGGGAGGGGGAGGGGACGGUGACCUAUUUCAAGUGUGGAGGUGUCUCCCUCGGUGUUGCCACACAACACCAUGUCGCUGAUGGCAUGUCCGGCUUGCAUUUUAUUAACUCAUGGUCCAACCUCUGCCGUGGAGCUCAAAUUGCAGUCAUGCCCUUCAUUGACCGCACCCUCAUCCGCGCUCGAGACCCUCCGACUCCAUGUUACCCACAUGUUGAGUACCAUCCAUCCCCGGCCAUGUUGUCAUCCAAGCCCCAGGAUCUCUCUUCUAAUUCUAAGCGAACAUCGCCUGACAUUGCUGUUGACAUCUUCAAGCUCACCAGCUCAGACAUUGGCCGCUUACGCUCGCAGCUUCCCACCGGCGACGACAUGCCACGGUUGAGCACGUACACAUUGCUGUCUGCGCAUGUCUGGCGUUGUGUCUGUCUUUCACGUGGCCUGCCAUCUGAUCAGCCCACCAAGUUGUAUUGUGCCAUUGAUGGGAGGAAACGGCUGAAGCCGCCGCUACCGGAUGGUUUCUUAGGCAACGUUUUGUUCACCGCCACGCCGAUCGUCGAGGCAGGCAAGGUGACCAGAGGGCUGGCGGAUGCAGCAAAGAUAAUCCAAAUGGAGCUAGAUAGGAUGAACGAUGACUACUGCCGCUCAGCAUUGGACUACCUUGAGCUGCAACCUGAUUUAUCGGCCUUGGUCCGAGGAGCACAAACCUACCGUUGCCCUAACCUCGGAAUCACCAGCUGGGUGAACCUGCCCGUCCACAAUGCAGAUUUCGGAUGGGGCCGGCCGGUGUUCAUGGGUCCUGGCGGCGUCGCAUUUGAGGGGCUCGCCUACGUCCUCCCAAGCGCACACAAUGACGGGAGUUUGUCCAUCGCCAUCUCUUUACAAGCCGACCACAUGAAGAAGUUCCGACAGUUGAUCUUCGUACUGUAA